GGGGGCGGGACUUGGCAGAGUUCCCUCCUCCUGGUUAACAGGACAUGUGAUCAGUUUUCCAGUCGUCUCCCUGCUUUGCCCUGCAGUCAGUCCCAUCUGCUCCAGGAGGAAUCAGUCUGCAGACGCCCAGCCAAGGUGACCAGCCAUCAUGCUCGCCGCCGCAGCGGGGGGGAAGCUGGACCUGUCCCAGCUCACAGACCAGGAGGCCAGGCAUGUGUGGGAGGUGGUCCAGAGAGACUUUGACCUGCGGAGGAAGGAGGAGGACCGCCUCGGUGAACUAAAGAGUAAGAUAGAGAGAGAAGACACGAAGCGAGAGCUGCUGGGGACUCGGAGCAGCCUGACCGAGUCUUACUGCAUUCGCUGUCUGGAGCCCUUCAAGUUCCUGGUCAGCAUCAAACGCCAGUGUUUGGACUGCCGUCUGCACGUCUGCAAGUCCUGCAGCCGCCUCAGUAAGAGGGAGCAAGGCUGGGUGUGCGAGCCCUGCCACAUGGCCAGGGUGCUUAGAAUCGGUACCCUGGAAUGGUACCAUGAGAACGUCCGUGCUCGCUUCAAGCGCUUUGGCAGCGCUAAGGUGAUGCGAUCGCUCUUUAAGAGAUUCAGCAAGGAGCACAGCUGCUCUCAGAGCGACCCUGGAGAAGUCCACACAGAUGGAUUUGAGGAGCACAGCGUGGAAGGAGCAGACUCACAGCACCUCCCUGGGAUGAAAAAGGCCAAACGGAGGCUGACGGUGGAUCCGGUUGAUUUCCUGCUGGGCUGGGAUCCCUGCACCACCUCCAGAACUCCACAGGACCAGGCAUCAGUCUCUCAUGACAUCACAGACUCUGACGGCGGUCUGAGGGAGCCGAUGCUCUGCGACGCUGACGUGGCGGCCAUCUUUCAGCACGGCGAUCUGGACCCGGAGAUGAGUCCGCAGAACGAUGACACCGGGUCGGCGGAGUACCGGACCGGCCCAUCCCGCUCCGUGUCGCGCCUCAGCUACUCGUCCUGCGGCAGCGGCAGCUUGGCGGGUCUGAGGGGCUGCGGCAGCUACCUACCCAGCCUGGAGCACUCAGAGGCCGAGGACGAGCCGCUCCACCAGAACCGCUUCUACCAGCGCCAUCCGGGCUCCCAGGAGAGCCUGAACGCAGCCAGCGCCGCGCCGCAGAUCAGCGAUCUGGACAGACGGAUGUCAGCUGUGGAGAACCUCCUAAACCGCCUGGAGCAGAAGGUGACAUCAUCAAACAUCAAGAGCAACAGAACUCCGACCCCCCACAGCUCCUCCCCCUGCCAACCUGUGGACCUGGAAGUGGACCUGGAGGAGCAGCAGCUCCGACUGAAGCUCCACCAGCUGACGGACAACAUCAGCGAUCAAAGCUCUGAGGAGGAGGAGCCUGACAGGCCUCAGUCUGCUCCGGAUGUCCCAGCCUGGAGGAGCCCACAGUGGGACGUCCGGCCUUCCAGGAUCCCCACCAGGCCUUCGUCCAGAACCAGCAUCUCCAGUUCCAGACUGGAGGAGGAGCUGCCUCUGCACUGGGACCUCCUGAAGACAGAGUCUCCAUCAGAGAGCCCUGAGAGGAAGCAGCGCCCCCUGCAGGAACCUGGCAGAACCAGCUUCAGAGGCUCCACCGCCUUACUGGUUGAACUGGAGGACAAAGUGGCGGAGGCUGCGGCUAACGUUCAGAGCGCCGAGAGUCAGGUGUCAUUGAUCGAGAACCGUAUCGCUGCGCUGAACGCUGCGGGGACGCCGACAGACAGGAGGAGGAGGUCGGCCAUCCCAGUCCAAGCAAGGAGGCUCUCACAAAACUUCCCCACCAAACCCGGUCAUGAUGGCGUGCUGGUGAGGAGAAGGCUGAGCAUCAUCUGACCUUCUUCUGUGGAGAUGGAGUCGAUGUGGAAGUAGGCCAGAUGUUACCAUGGUAACAGGAUGGAGUCCAGUCGUAACCAGCAUGAAUGGAUCUGGAACCCCAAAGCUGGAAGCAGAUGUUUUCUUCUGGUGGAGCUUUAACCCUCAGAUGUUCCCAAUGAAUCUCAUUCCUGCUGUAGUUGAUCUUUAGACACGUAACUUCUUCAGGUUCUCAGUGGGGUUCUGACCUUUAAGUCACUUCCGAAACUUCAUUCUGGUAGGAGGCCCACAGCUUCAGAGAAGAACUGACCCAGAACCUGGACUAGAUCAGGACCGUGGCUCCACACAGGAUCCACGGUUGUAAACCAGGAACAAACAACUUUCACUUCAGAGAAGGAAAAAGGUCCGCUUUGGUCCAGAUGUUCCCCGUUCUCCUUCUAGAUGCUGUCCUUCCAGAUGUUCUCUGUUCUCCUGCCAGAUGUUCUCUGUUCUCCUUCCAGAUGUUCUCCAUUCUCCCCCAGAUGUUCUAUGUUCUCUUGACAGAUGUUCUCUGUUCUCAGUAAUAACACCCAGUGGUAUUAUCGCCUAGCAACCUUUCCAGCCAAUGGUUUGUUUAUAACUUUCUUUCUCUUUUUAUUUUAUUAGUUGUUAGUAUUUAGUUUUAAUGGGCAUAAUUAUAGUUAAAUCAUCUGAUCACUUCAGGAAAAUUAUUUUAUUAUAUCAUUAUAAUAUUAGUAGUGUUUUCUAACGGUUAGAUAAAGAGACGCAGCGAAUUGUUGUUACUGCAGAGGCACAACCAGUAGGACGAAUCAAGCGCACCCCAAAGGAGGCAGUGACCUCACAGCCACUGGAACGGUUGCUAGGCGAUCAGACUCCUUCUAUCUAAGGCUGUGUCAAAAUGUCCGCCCUGAUCACCAUAUAGUGGCGCCGACAUUUUAAAUGAGUGUCUGAACGUCUAGUGGAUGAAAAAGUAGUGGACUCGAAAUUUCCCACAAUGCACCUUUAUAAAGAACUGAUCAUCCAGGAUCACUAGACGAGCAGAUAUAUCACAGAAAGCUUUGCUCCUGCAUGUCCAUGGAACGGCAGACAGCAGAGGUCAGGGGUCAAAGGUCAUUUCAAGCAGCAGAACCUACAGCAGGUCUGCCCGGUCUCAGAUUUAAUGCCACUCCCAAGAUGGAUGCUGUGUUGUCUCCUUCAGCUGAAGGAAGGUACUCACAACCAAAAGGUCCAGAAGACGUGGAUCUGAGGAAGACAGAGAAGCUCUAAUUGUUCCAAGAUGCUGUUUUUAUUGGGUUUACUGGUUUUACUGGGAUGAAUCACUUCUGAUGACUCAGAUGUUUUCUGCUCUUGGCUUUCUAUUAAACGCUUUCAGACACAGAA